GAAAAUGCGCAAACAACAACAUAUCUUACAACCCCGACACCGACAUGUUUGCUUCGUGUCACUUUCCCGGAAGAGCUGUCGGGCCGUCUGACUGCUGCUGAUGUAAAUCCUUCCAAUCCAUGCUGCUGCGGGGUUGGACAUUUUUCCGGACAUGCGUCCGUUACACCCGCAUAAGAUGAUAUUAUCGCGUGUCUUCUUCUUCCUCAUGCAGUCCAAACCCCUCGACAUCAUCAGUUUCGCACUCGAUUGAAAUGGCCGAUGUACCAGCUCACCAAGCCGUCGAAGCCGAUGAGCACGAGAACGACUCUGCGAUCGGCGACGAGGACGACCACUUCUCCACCGUCUCGAUCAGCAGCAGUAUCCUGAAGUACCGCGAGGAGAACGGGCGCACGUACCACGCGUACAAGGACGGGAAAUAUCUCGGGCCAAAUGAUGAGCCGGAAAGGGAUCGUCUGGAUCUCCAGCACCAUCUCUUUUCGCUGACGUUCUCCGGACGUCUAUAUCUGUGUCCCGUGGGCCAGAAUGGGAAGCAGAUCCAUCGCGUGCUGGAUGUGGGGACCGGAACGGGGAUCUGGGCCAUUGAUUUCGCGGAUGAGCAUCAGGAGAGUGAGGUUUUGGGGAUUGAUCUUAGUGCGAUUCAACCGGGGUUCGUGCCGCCGAAUGUUAGUUUUCAGGUGGAUGAUCUGGAGGAGCCGUGGACGUUUAGGGAGAAGUUUGAUUUUAUCUAUGCGAGGAUGAUGACGAGUUCUUUUGCGGAUUGGCCGAGGUUUUUUGAGCAGGCUUUUGAACAUCUCGCUCCUGGUGGUUUCAUUGAGAUGGCGGACAUGUGUUUCCCGGUAGAGUGUGAUGAUGAGACAAUGACUCAAGAUUCAGCAUUGAGGAAGUGGGCGAACCUCAUUUUAGAAGGAACGACUAAGAUUAGACGUCCGAUCAACAGUGCAAAGGAUUACAAGCAGCAACUUGAAACGGCUGGUUUCGUGGAUAUCGUGGAGCAGAAAUUCGUUUGGCCUAUGAAUCGCUGGCCGAAAAAUAAGAAAAUGAAAGAGAUUGGUAUCUGGUCUCGUGAGAAUAUAUCGCCGUCACUUGAAGGUUUUAGCAUGGCGCUCUUUACCAGAGUGUUUGGGUGGACCAAAGAAGAAGUCGAGGUGUUCUUAGUCGAUGUGAGGAAGGAAGUGAAUGAUCCGAAGAUACAUUCGUACUUGCCUGUACAUGUGGUAUAUGCCCAGAAACCCUCUUGAAAAUGGAUCAAUGCUGCUAGACUCAUGUCAGUAGGGGAGAAGCUUUGCGAGACAACUAACAUUUAGAGUUCUUUAUAGCAGAGAGAAUAGAGAGAAUGGACUCAAUUACAAAUAGACUUCUAUCUCG